AUGCAAAAUGAGAAGGAAACAAAGGAAUCUUCGGAGGAGAAAGAGAUAGCCUCGAACCAGGUGGUUAAACUACCUGCUAGCCUCCUUAAAAAAGUGAGAGAACCAUGGAAGCAAUGUCUCAUUGUCAGACUUUUAGGAAAGAAUAUUGGCUACAAUUUGUUUGUAAAUAGAAUGAGGAAGGUGUGGAAUCUACAAGCAAGUUUUGAAACUUUGGAUAUUGGAAAUGAGGAGGAUACAACUGCAAUAUGGGUCAGAUUUCCCAAUCUCCCCAUUGAGUAUUAUGAUGAUAAGGUUCUCUACCACAUCUCGAAGGUGCUAAGUACUCCAUUAAAGGUAGAUAUUAACACUGCCAUGGCAGCACGAGGGAAAUAUGCAAGGGUUUGCGUUGAGAUGGACUUGCGUAAACCACUUAUUUCACAUCUUACUAUUGGACGAUACCAUUACGUGGUGGAAUACGAACACUUACACAGGUUGUGUUUUUCUUGCGGUCGUGUUGGCCACCGGAAAGAAAAGUGCACUGAAUUUUCGGUGAUACAGCCGGAGAAGAUAAUACAAAACGAGACCGUUACCCAACCAGAAUCAGAUAAUGGGCCAGGAACAUCAAAGCCCACUGGGCAAAGGAAGGAGGAAGGAUAUAAUGUGGAAGAGAAACAUGGAUAUGGGCCGUGGACCAUAGCACCCAGUAGAAGGAAAUUUCAACAAGGGAAACAAAAACAAAAGGCCCACUACCAAAAGAGCAACAGAUUUGAAGUUUUACAGCUGGAUAAAGAGCAUGGAGAAAAUAGCGAAGGCCAGAGAAGUAGUAAAGCCCAGGGAAAUUAUAUGGAUCUAGACAUGGGCUCUAAUAUGGCUACAGGAGAUACAUCUAGUGCCCAAACUAGGGGACCUCCGGAUACACUACUACAGACCUCUCCAGUAAUGGAUGUGGACUUAGUCCAUGCUGUGGGGGAUAGGAGGCACGAUGUAGGGAUGCGUAUUGUACAUGGGCCAAGUGAAAAAGGGGCAAUCUAG